GAGACCGAAAUUGUCGCGCUGUGUGUCAGCCGGCCCCUUUUCCUGUGUGUCGGAAAAAAAAAUCACAAGAGAGAUUAAAACCACACCCCGGUCGGUGUAUGAUGGAGUGUGGGUUGAAGUGCAGAGAUCCUGAGAAUUGCUGAGGGUCAAUGGCGGAGAGAGAGACACACACACACAGGAUCCAACAGAGUCAAGUUCCCCAGAAAUGACUUGCAGACCGCCUGGACAUUUUACGCACUCCCAACUUUCCCAGGAGUGAAACUCCUCGAAAAGUUUUUGGCGGAAGGAGGCUUGAGAGGAACUUGUCGCGCAAGGAACACAGUCGGAAACUGAGGUCUAACUCGCAACUGAGGGCAAGAAACUUCCCCAGAAAGUAGCAAGAAACUGACUCGGGAAUCAUACAGGAGAGAGAAUUCGGGGUGCAAACUCACCCAGAGUGUGCAGUCCAACUCUUAAGUUAACAAGGAGAGAGAAACCGGCACAGGAAACACAGGCGAAAGAAAAAAACCAAAUAAGAGGCAACUUUGGAAAUCUGCAACAAUAUGUUGUUCUAACUUCCCUCUUUUGGAAGUUCUCUCCACUAGAGUUUGGUUUAGUAAAUUAUUUAACUGUGCGGAUGUGAGAUUUGUUUUUGCGGGAACGUUUGAACACACACACACCCCAACAGGAGACUGAGACACAACUUUCUCUGGCCAUCUGCACCGAAUUGGAGUUCCCAACCCUGUGGUUCGUGGACCUCUCUUGCGGCUGGACACCCCCUGUUCUCCCUGAGCGGGUGUGAGAGAGAAGGCCGGAGUUUUUUUUCCAGGAUCCAGCGUUUGCCUUGUUGGCCGGAGGGGUUCUCGGGUGCCCAGGUGGGCUUUCCAAUGACGAUGCUGCUCCCCAGGUAAGGCCAGGAGGAGCAGAUUGGCCGUGGCCAUGGUGGAGCCGAACUGGAAGACCAUUUUUGGCAGGGCUUCCUGGGGUACGGCCAAGCCCCUCGACUCGGAGGGUGCCUUCACCAACCCCAUCUGGACGGCGUUGUUCGACUAUGAGGCCCACGGCAAGGACGAGUUGACGCUGCGCAAAGGCGACCUGGUGGAGGUGUUGUCCAGGGACUCGGCCAUCUCCGGCGACGAGGGCUGGUGGGCCGGCAAGCUCCGCAACCAGGUGGGCAUCUUCCCCGCCAACUACGUGUCGCCGCAGCCACCGCUGCCGGCAGCCUACGGCAAGCUGGCCCCCGGCCGAGCCGAGGAACUGGCCGCCCCGGCCCAGGUCGCCUUCCGGGAGCUGACCCUCCAGGAGGUGAUCGGGGUGGGCGGAUUCGGCAAGGUGUACCGCGGCACCUGGAGGGGGCGGCUGGUGGCGGUGAAAGCGGCCCGGCAGGACCCCGACGAGGACAUUAGCGCCACAGCGCAGAACGUGAUGCAGGAGGCCCGGCUGUUCGCCAUGCUGAGGCACCCCAACAUCAUCGCCCUGUUGGGGGUGUGCCUGCAGGAGCCCAACCUGUGCCUCAUCAUCGAGUACGCCUCCGGGGGGCCGCUGAACAGGGCGCUGGCCGGGCGCCGCAUCCCUCCGCAUGUUCUGGUCAACUGGGCCGUGCAGAUUGGCAAGGGCAUGCAGUACCUCCACGAUGGGGCCAUCGUGCCCGUCAUCCACCGUGACCUCAAGUCAAACAACGUCUUGCUAUCCCAGCCCAUCAACGAUGACAACAUGCAGUGCAACACGCUGAAGAUCACCGACUUUGGCCUUGCCAGGGAGUGGCACAAGACCACCAAAAUGAGCACAGCGGGCACCUACGCCUGGAUGGCGCCUGAGGUGAUCAAGACCUCCACUUUCUCCAAGGGAAGUGAUGUAUGGAGUUACGGUGUGCUGCUGUGGGAGCUGUUAACCGGAGAGGUCCCUUACAGGGGGAUCGAUGGCUUGGCUGUGGCCUAUGGAGUUGCGGUCAAUAAACUGACACUUCCGAUUCCAUCGACCUGCCCAGAACCUUUUGCUCAGCUGAUGGCCGUGAUUCCCAAUCAGCUGAACGGGGCGUGGAACCGCAGUCCCGUCUGGAGCUCGGAAAAUUCCGAUGGGGAAGACUGUGGGAAAGGAGAAAGGAGACCAGGAUGCAUCUGGGGAAACCACUUGACCAAACCCUGGGAAGCCACGCCGGACGGAAGGCCGUGUUCCCGCCCGGAUACGUGGAGCGCUGAGACGGCGGAUGAAGGCCCAGCUCACUCCCUGGCGAUCUUGAUCACGGACACUAUCUCUGGGGACCACACCAGGAAUGGGGACCUGCUAGCCGCCGAUGCCAGCUCUGCCGAAAACCUACCUCAGGCCGGAGACGACGGGAGCAGGGAGGCCGGGACUGACGAUGUGGAGGAGCCCGGGCAAUGGCGGCGGGGGCUGAAGAGCACGUGCCGGGCACUGGUGGGCAGCGCUGCCAUGCUGGCCUCGGUGGCACUGGGCCGGGACCUGGAGAGGCUGCGUCUGCCGGAAGCGGAGAGGCCGGCCGGUGCCCGCAGCGCCCAGAGCUCGCCGCAGGUCACGCACCGCAAGAAGGCGCGCAAGGACAAUGAUGACCACCACAGCGGAGACCAGGCCGGGGACCUCAUCUGCUUCCCCGGCCCCCCGCCGACCCCCCCUACCGGGAACCCUGCCGAGACACUCCCCCGUGUCACCCCGGGGGGUGCUGGAGAGCUGCUGCCGGGACCCCCCGUCACCCCCCGACGAGAGAGGAAACACGGGGACGUGGGACGGGCUACCGAGGGCUGCUGCACCAAGAGCAAAGGAAAUGCAUUCACCUGUGCCCCUGUGGUGAACCAGGAAAGUGUCGACUUUCCCUCGGAUCAUCCCCAUCGGAAGCCUUGGCCGCGGGCCGAACACACCAAGACCAGCGCCUUGCCCCGGCCUAGGCCAUCCCGGGCCCGGGCCAGGAUCGAUCCCUGGAGCUUUGUGUCAGCCGGUUCAUGCGAGCCAGACCGGAUGGCGAGCGGCCUCCCUCCUGAGCCUGAGGCGACGGCAGCAACGGCAAUCCCUGACCCGUUCCAGCCACCCCUGGCAACCCCCCGCCUGACCAACCCAUUCGCCCACCCGGCCCCGGCCCUGGCCCCGUCUCCACGACUCUGUCCCCCGGGGCCUUACAACCCCUUCGCCGUCGCCGUGGCGACCCCCAGCCACUGCCCGUUCCCGUCGCCUGCCUCUGACCCCUUCAGCGCCGCAGCGGAGAGAGCUGGUUUCUCGAGCUGCCCGCUCUCCGCACUGAGCCCCUGGGCCUCCUCGGGCAGGCCCCAGGCCUCCGCUCCAGCCCAGGCCGAGAGCCUGAUCGACUUGGACACAGAGAUACGGAGCAAAGUGGCCACCCCGCUGAGCUAGGCCUGGCGACGGCGGGGUGGUGUGUGGUGGGGGAAAGGGGUGUCAAAGCAGGAACCAGGGUGGAGAGGGAUUGGUGGUGGGGUAACUUGGUUACUGAAUCUGUUCUCUUGAAGGACUGACCCACAGGGGGUCCUCCAGUUCAGCCUCUGCCUCCCUCCACUGGGCCGAUCAGCCAUUUUGUGUGAGAGAACAAGGCAAAACAAAAUAAACCUCAUGAUUACUUUACAAUCAUGUGCUAGGCCCCACUUCCUCCACACCUACCAUUUAAUGUCCCGGAGUAUUGGGUUUCUGACCCCCGGAAUCCUGGGACAACCUCCGCCCAUCCCUCUCUCAUUGGCCGGUCAGAGGUUCUGUGUUUUCCUUUGGAGAGGGGGGAGAAGGGAGGGGUGACAGCGGUGAAGGGUUGAUCUGACGGGACAGGGUGGGAUCCUGCUGAAGAUACCGCUCAGUGAGGGGUCCUUCCUCAGGGUGUCUACGUGAUGUUUUCUGAAGUGCGAUAACUGUUGGACGGGCAUGUUGGGCAGACUCCUCGGUUACCGCCAGGUCCCAGUGCCACUCUCGGUUAAUGCCAGGUCCCAGUGCCACUCUCGGUAACCACCAGGCCCCAGUGCCACUCUCAGUUACCACCAGGCCCCAGUGCCACUCUCGGUAACCACCAGGCCCCGGUGCAAUCUUGGUAACCACCAGGCCCAGUGCCACUCUCAGUUACCACCAGGCCCCAGUGCCACUCACGGUAACCACCGGGCCCUGGUCCCACUCUCGGUUACCGCAAGGCCCCAGUGGUGACACUCGGUAACCGCCAGGUCCCAGUGUCAUUCUCGGUUACCGAGGGCCCCAGUAGUCACACUCGGUAACCACCAGGCCCUGGUCCCACUCUUGGUUACUGCAAGGCCCCAGUGGUCACACUUGGUAACCGCCAGGUCCCAGUGUCACUCUCGGUUACCGAGGGCCCCAGUGGUCACACUUGGUAACUGCCAGGUCCCAGUGUCACUCUCGGUUACCGAGGGCCCCAAUAGUCACACUUGGUAACCACCAGGCCCUGGUCCCACUCUUGGUUACUGAGGGCCUCAGUAGUCACACUCGGUAACCACCAGGCCCUGGUCCCACUCUUGGUUACCGUAGGGCCCCAGUAGUCACACUCGGUAACCACCUGGGCCUGGUCCCACUCUUGGUUACCGAGGGUCCCAGUAGUCACACUCGGUAACUACCAGGCCCUGGUCCCACUCUUGGUUACCGCAGGGCCCCAGUAGUCACACUCGGUAACCACCAGGCCCUGGUCCCAAUCUCGGUUACCGCAGGUCCUCAGUGGUCACACACGGUAACCACUGUACCCCGGUGACAUUCUCGGUCACCGCUGGGCCCCGGUGCCACUCUUGGUAAACCAUCAGGCUCUGGUGCCACACUUGGUAACCACCGUGUCCCGAUGCCACUCUCGGUUACCUACACGGUCAUGGUUGAACCCGAUUGGUGCAUGUGAGCUCUCGGAGCCGGUCCUGCCUGAGCAUUUUCAUUAUUUUUUUUAGAGAAAAGUAAGUUUAUUAAAGAGGAUUUAAAAUUUAUUAUUAAAUAAAAUCUUUCAAUAUCUCA